AUGAUCAAGACGCCGACGAAUCAGCAGCGCCUGACCAAUGUCGCCAUCGUGCGCAUGAAGAAGUGCGGCCAGCGCUUCGAGAUUGCCUGCUACAAGAACAAGGUGGUCUCCUAUCGUGACAAGGUCGAAAAGGACAUCGACGAGGUGCUGCAGACGCAGACCGUCUUCACCAACGUCUCCAAGGGCCAGCUGGCAAAGAAGGAGGACCUGGUGAAGUGCUUCGGCACCGAGGACCACCUCAAGGUCUGCCUGGAGAUCCUCACCAAGGGCGAGCUGCAGGUGAGCGAGAAGGAGCGCGCCGUGGCCCUCGACUCCACCUUCAAGGACAUCGCCACCAUCAUCGCCGACAAGUGCGUCAACCCGGAGACGAAGCGCCCCUAUCCGGUCGGAAUGAUCGAGAAGGCGAUGCGCCAGGUGCACGUCUCCGUGAAGCCGAACCGCACCUCGAAGCAGCAGGCGCUGGACAUCAUUCCCCAGCUGAAGAAGGUGAUCACCAUCGAGCGGGCGCAGAUGAAGCUUCGCGUGGUGACCAACAAGAAGAACAAGAGCAAGCUGAAGGAGCUGAUGGGCGAGCUGGAGGCGGAGAGCGCGCUUGAGGAUGGGCAGAUUGAGAUGAUCUUCACCACCGACCCCGGCCACUACCGUCAGAUUGACCAGCUGGUGAACAACACGCCCAAGUCGGAGCUGCACGUCCUCCUCCUCCAGGAGAUGGUCGACGGCGACAGUAAGCUCGAUUAG